GCCGAGGAACCGGUCUCACUUUUCAUCUAAUGGCCAUGAUGUCAAGUAAGAUAUGGCUGGCGAUUUGGCUGGCGAUUUUACAGUGUGACCAGCAAGUCCUGGCGGACAUGGGAGACUUUGAUGACCUUGAUGACUCUCUGGGUGAUGGGGCUGGACUCGAUGGAGGGGCCUCCACAGGGGGUUCAUCUACAAAGAAUUGUCCAUUACUCAACAUAACGAACGCGGUUCUCGCAACGACCGAUAGGAACGUGGGAUCAUUCAUGUUGUUUACUUGUAUCCAUGGUUACAAGAAAUCAGGAGGAAGUGACAUGAGAGAAUGCAAAUCUGACGGAAAAUGGGCUGGAAAGGACAUCGUCUGCAAAAUUAUAACAUGCCCGUCGGCACCAUCCGUUUCGAAUUCAACCAAAGUCGUCACCAAAGCUUCAAGCAGUGGAACUCCAGUCCUCGGCACAACCGUCACUUACAAAUGCUCCAAGUAUUAUUUACCUUCGGGAAAUAAAACCCGGGAGUGUCUGAAAAGUGGUGAAUGGUCCAAAUUAAACUUCAGAUGUAACGAAAUCGAGUGUCCCGAACCACCAGCAAUACUGAAUGCGAUCAGGACACCAACGGGUAGACUAAGUCAAAAAGUCAAAAAGGUUGGUGGCGUUGUGACGUACUCUUGUAAAAAAGGAUACAUUCCGAAGGGGUCAGGCCGGAUCACGUGCCAAAAUAAUGGAACAUGGACGAUCGCCACUUUAACCUGCGACGGUAAUUGUGAAUCUCCGGCAAAACUACCAGGCACGACCUUGAUGGGCAAAUUGAACUACCACAUAGGUUCCACCGUCACUUAUUUCUGUAAACCACCUUUGGCGUACCCACUCGGUUCAAAUCACAGCUCCGUUACCUGCCUCAAGAACAGGAAAUGGUCAAAACCAAAUAUUAAAUGCGUUGAGUACAACUUCACGCUCGGGAACUGUUUUGGACAUGACAUCCACCCAGUCCUUCAUCUAAGCGCGAAGCAAGGAGUUGAAGAAUGCCUCAAAAAGUGCGCACAACUGCCAAAAUGUCAAACAUUCCUGUACCUCUCCAAGAGCGGUCGCAAGCGAUGCUAUCUCAAAUAUGUUGAAUGUCCGGAUAAGAAGGUCAAGUGCCAUGGCCAUCCCGAUUUCAAUCUUUACCGAAAGGUUAUUCACGAAGAGGAAUACACAAAGCGUAUGCAUAAGAAAAUCGCCAAGUGCUUUAGUCACACAUACGGAGAUUGCUACGGACGCGACAUCAUUAACUUUGGAGAUGUGAAAUCAACUAGGCGGUGCUUGGCCAAGUGUUGGCAACGAGAUAGCUGCAAGUCUGUCUUGUACGUCAAACGAAGAUCGCGGUGCUACCUAAAGCACUAUAAAUGCAAGCCGAACCAGAUAUCUUCGAAGAAGAAGAAGGGCCUCCAUUAUUUCACGAAAAAAAACAGUGUCAUUUGCCGACAACUUCGAAAAAGAACUAAUCUUUGAAGAGGAACCAACAUACACGACAUGCCCUUAUAGAAACAAAUCGAUUGCAUAAUAUUUUUUAUUAGAAGCCCACUCUUAAAAACACAGAUGCGCAUUCAAUUUUCUAGCUGUUGUGGGAACUACUGAUAUGGUACUGAUAAUUAUAACCACCUUAAACCAGAGAAGUUGCCAAAAGUCACUCAUGAUCACAUAAAUACAGAAGAUUGAAGAUAUUUCAACAA